GAUCCCGGCUUCCCGGCCCUCCAUGCGCGCUCGGUGCCGCCAUGUACCGCCUGUGCCGCGUGUCCCCGCUGCUGUCGCCGCUCUCCCCGCCGCUGUCCCCGCCGCUGUCACCGCUAUUGUCACCGCUGUUGUCGCCAGGACCCUCGCUCCGUGUCCCCCGCCCCGCCCGGUUCGCGCUGCCGGGGCCGGGCCCGCUCCGCGCCGCCGCCAAGGAUGCAGGUGAACCCCUCAAAAAGACAGCCACUGAUCCCAGUGCUGAAAACAAGACGCUCAACAAAUCCCAGCAGCUGAGACAAGUUUUUAAAGAAUAUGGUGCUGUAGGGGUUUCCUUCCAUGUUGGAAUUUCGUUAGUAUCUCUGGGAAUCUUCUACCUGGCUGUGUCAAGUGGCGUGGACAUGACUGCAGUUCUGUUCAAGCUGGGUUUCAGUGAGGCCUCUGUGCAGUCCAGGAUGGCAGCAGGCACCAGCACCUUUGUGCUGGCCUAUGCUGUGCACAAGCUCUUUGCCCCAGUGCGCAUCAGCAUCACCGUGGUGUCCGUGCCCUUCAUCGUCCGCUACUGCCGCAAGGUCGGCUUCUUCAAACCCCCUGCCUCCAACCCCUGAGGCAUUCCUGCCUUUUGCUUUCCAAGUGUUCCAUAUCUACGUAGCUCUUCAGGUGCAAAGUUUCUUUAAAGGACUUGGUUGGGAUCAUGYUGGACCUCAUCUUGCAUUUCUAAUUGUUCUUUCAGGUAAAUGUCACUGUGAAAAGCGCUGUCCUUAUCUCCUUUCCCUUUUGCCACUUGUUCUUGGGAAAAGCCUGUUCAAAUGGGAUUUGGYUUGUGCUGCAAGUGGGAAUAUAAAAUCUUGACAAUGGGCACACAGUUUUGGGUCUUUACAAUGCAGCUUUUUGAGCCUUCAUUGUUUUUCUUUUCAAAACAGUCAUAGCAUUGGUUUAUUACUGUGUAGCUGAGAAACUGUGAGAAUCUCUUCCCACUAGAAUAAAUAAUAUCUUACUACACUGGUACUUCUCUUGAGAAGGGUAUACAUUGGAAUCUAAAAUGGCAGGUGGGUGUUUCUUUUGUUAGAAGAGGCUUUUAGUACAGCCCCUACAGGCACUGAACUCACUUCAGUAGGAGURUGCAUCUGAUUAUUGCACAGUCAUGAUUGGUUUAGUCACAAUAGGUGAUUCACUGUUCUGAAACUUCUGUGUAGUGCUUCCAUAUGCCAAGAUUUUAUUAUUUGAAGAUGUGCUGGCUGGGAGCCUGCCUUACUGAAAUCCCUUUUUUUUCCAUGUCUAUAGACUCAGAAGAAAUCCUAAGUCUACUGAAAUCAGUGUGACCAGAAUUACCUAUGUGAACAUACUCCAAAGAGCAUUAAGUCAGAGAUAAGCUGGGGGRUUUUAACAUUUUGAGAUCUGGCUUUGUACUGGAAAUACCUUUUUUUAUAUCUUAAAACAAACCCCAGCAGCUUUCUGCUCCUGGGGAUGCACCUGAAGUCCAGACAUUCCAAUUCACAGCUUCCCAGGAGGAAUUCCUGUGCUUUGGGCUGAGACUGGUGAAUGUAGCAAUGAGAGGGUUUUGCCUUUCCUUAUGGGGACACUGUUGUGUUAGAAUGUAGUUACAUGUAUGGAUAUCCACAUUCCACCUUCCAGUUAAUCUGAAGAUGGAAUCCCAAAACAGCUAAGUGGAGUUUUGAGGAGACUGGCUGAGGACAGGAAGGAGGA